AUGGCGGAGCAAUGGCAGAGAACUGUCAUUAGUAUUGGGAUUAUUAUUUUGCUUGGAGUUGUGGAAUUAAGUAUUUCUUUUGUUUUCACUGAAAAUGAUGCGUAUCAACAGAGCAUAUUAGAGCCAUACCAUUCUUACAAGGAUGUGGUCAUCUUCCACUACUCCAUACCCCAUCAGACAUCACAUGCGAGAUGGCAGUUCAUAGCAGUAAUGGAUGACUAUACAUGCACUUCUCGUAAAGUCCAUAUUUACUUAAGACAUGGGAGCUACCCUGUCAUUUCGCCAGAUAAUUCCUCCUUCCCAGACCACAUGGUUGUGCCAACAGAACAGGUUUACCACCUAACCACCCGUACUUCCGUCCAGCCCAGCGAGAUGCCUGAAUUCCACCUUUCAAACCCCCUACCAGGAAGCUGGUUUGCUGUUGCAUUCAUACCAGGCUGGAAUCAAGAAAUUAAACAACAGGGCAUAAGUCAUCGGUGCCAUUACAGCUUAGCUUCUAUGGCAGCUUGGAAACAUGAGCCAAAUGUCCAUCAUCUACAUCCUGGUGUGUCACAUGAGAUGGAAGCAACCUCUCAGCUGCUUCUGUACAAGGUGUAUGUUCCUGAAGAUAUAUGGCUGUUGAAAUUGCAUAUUUCUAGUUGCUCUUUAGCGAAUACCAAUACAACUGAUGGAUACAACUUUGGCAGUGUGCAACCCUGUAUUCUUGGAUUUGGUGCUAGUGCACACACUUUUCCUCUAAUCAAUGAUAUGAACUUUACAGGCAUGAACCUGAAGGAAUUUGUUCAUGUUAUUUCCCAGCCUCAGCUUGACACGUACUAUUACCUAUCUGUUGUAUCACAGCUCAAGACCACUUACACAAUUACAGUCAAGUUUGAAACUUGCUCUGUUGUGGUUCAUCCAAGUCUUAGAUUCAACACACACACUGUUUCAAGGAAUAAAACACACGAGAGGAAUGAUGGGGAGGAAUCCAUCAGCCCCAUGUUAGCCUGGCUAAUUGGUCGAGAACAACCUCAAACCAGAAUUGAUUUGUACAGAUUUAAAGCUGAUGCUUGGAACAAAGUAAUGGGGCCUAGUUCACAGUUUCUUAGUGGUACGUGUGUUCCUGUGGUUCCUCUUGCUCGUAUUCAACAUAAUCAGAUCUUUGUGGAUUCUUUCUUGUUGCAGGGUAAAGACUGGUUUACGUCCUGGGCCAUUGUGACAGAUUUAUUUCCAAUCCUUGUGAAGUUUCAACUUGAGCCAUUUGUAGACAUUGGUGGAACGUUACAGACAUGGUUUCACCUGGAUUCUUUAAUUUCGAACCUUACGAGCCAAGUAGUAACCAUCAGCAUCUGUUUAAACCGUGGAAGUCCUCCUUUAUAUACGAAUGGUGUGAUUGAUUGCAAAGAUCACUUGAGCAUGGAGCUAUCUACAAACUUCAGUGACAAGGCCAUAAAAUACUUGCCUUUUCCUACACCUGGUGUUUACUAUAUAUCACUGUCAGCCCAUUGUUACAAUGACUCCAGCUCUUCUGUACCGGAGCCAUGUGAACUUCAAGAAGCUCUUGUAGAUUUGGGAAUUCAAUUAAAUCCCUGUGUGUUUGACAUCAGACCUUGUGGAGAUAACGGCUUUUGUCAGUUGCAUCACUUUAGGCAGUUUUACUUUAGUUCCUGUCACUGCCAAGGAGGCUGGAAAGGUUGGGGAUGUACUGAUGAUUCUGGUGCUGUAUCCUCAUCCUUGAUGUUGAUGAAGACUCUCUUGCUAACUCUCAGUAACUUGUUCUUUAUCCCUGCCAUUGUACUUGCUUUUCGGAGGAAAUUUUACACAGAGGCAAUCCUAUAUACACUGACAAUGUUUUUCUCUAUUUUCUAUCAUGCCUGUGACGUUGAUAUGUUUAGCUAUUGCCUGAUGAAGUACAACGUCCUCCAGUUCUGUGAUUUCUACUCUGCCAUUCUCUCUUUCUGGGUCACUGUUGUUGCAAUGGCUGAUCUUCCACAUACUCUCUACUCUAUUGCCCACAUGGUUGGUGCAUUAGGUAUUGCACUUGGAGUUGAAUAUCAACGCACUGGUCUUCUUGUGUUUAUUGUUCCUAUGGGAACAGGCACUGCCAUUAUGCUAUGCUCCUGGGGACUUAAAUGCUAUCAUACCAAAGGAUGUUACCCCAUGAAGAAGAAAUGGCUUUUGAGUCUUCUACCUGGUAUUGCCCUAGCCAUUUCAGGAUUGAUCUUGUUUGCAUUUGUUGAAACAGAAGACAACUAUAAGUACAUCCACAGCAUCUGGCAUGUCAUUGUUGCAUUUUCCAUUAUUUUUCUUCUGCCCACUAAAAGGAAACUUCCUGGACAAGUGAAUGUACAACAAGUGGAAACUUCUGCCUGUGCAGACACUGUGGCUUUUCAACAUGCUCCCUUGAACAAUGACUCGGAACUUGUCGAUAUUGCUGACUAUCGGUUAAAUUCCGAUCUGAGUUCUCUGAUAAGAGAAUCAAGAUAAAGAAGCUUUCUUUUAUAAUUCAUUUUUGUUUAUACCGAUUUUACAGAUUAUUGUGGUAUUUCACAGCUUAUGAAUGGAAAAUACUCAGAAAAUUAUUAAGUUAUUUUGAAUUUUUAUUUUAGUAGAUGUAGCUUUGAUUAA